AAAAGUUAUGAAUUCUGAUAAACUAUCUUCAGGGCUGCCAAUAGGUCCCACCCAGCACAGCAGCUCGAUUAUUUUUGUCGGCAACAUACCGUUCGGCAACAGACCCCACUUCAAGUUUUUUGUUAAUGGUGAUACUAACAAUAGUUUCUUAGGCCUCUCCGAGACUCAGAUCGUCGAAAUCUUCUCCGCUGUUGGCCGCGUUGUCUGCUUUCGUCUAGUGUUUGACCGUGAGACCGGACGUUCCAAAGGGUACGGUUUCGCUGAGUACGUCGACAACGAGACCGCAGCCAGUGCUGUCCGUAACCUGGAUAACUACGAGAUUUUGGGCCGUAGGUUGAGAGUUGAUUAUUCUUCCCACGGGCAUAUUCCCGAGGCCCCUUAUUUAAGCCCCUUCCCAGACCUCCCGAAGGGUAUGGAGCUACCACAGGGUCUUUCCGCCACCGAAGCUAUAUCCAGAACCAUGGAUGCUAUUCCACCUGCAAAGUUGGGCGAGCUGUUAGUCGAGAUGCACAAUCUCGCCAUCAAGGAUCCGAUGAGGGCUACCGAGCUACUCAAACAUGCUCCGCAGUUGUCGUAUGCACUGUUCGAAGCUAUGGCGAAGAUGGGCCAGGUCGAUCAUGCGCAGAUGGGGAGGUACUUGGAGCCCGCGGGUUCUCCUUUGCGUGGCUCCUUGCACAUUGGCCAUCGUGUCUUCGGGCAAGAAAACAGCUCGAGGAGUUCCUUCGCGGAGCCGAGAAGUGUUGUCUCGGGCCUCCCCUCCCCUCUUACCCCUGCUCCUCCGGGCCACCAGCCUAAUGUGCCCGCCUCUUUCCCCACUUCUCCUGACUUGCAGCCGUUUGCCGCCCAGAGACCAAAUUCGUUCACCUGCACCCCCCAGAUCUCAAGUCCCACCCACCAAACACCCAUCGUUGCGGCCACUCAUAAUGUUCAAGACCCAAAUGUGGCUCUCUUGCAACAGGUCCUGAACAUCCCCAUGGGCCAAAUUGAAGGGUUGCCGGAAGAUCAAAAGCAACAGAUGCUCCAGCUGAGACGAUGUCUGAGCAAUGGAAUUGCGGAUGAUGCUGCUAUUGGAAUGGCCAUUUGAUUAUUUGAUUGGUUGUUCACAUUUUUCUCACAAGCAAAAGUUGAUUGGUUGUCCGAGGAGUGGACUGGUUAUGGGGCGGGCUCAUUUCACAACUGAUAAGAUAUCUAGUCUACCGUAGUUUCGUUGGGGGUGGGAAACAAAAAAGAGAAAGAAGUUAUGCAGGCCUGGUGAAUAGAUUGGUCAGCACGGUAUGGCAAGGCUAAGUAAGGGUGUUUUCGGUCGAGUUGAAGUAAGAAAUGCUUUUUGGGAUGUGGGGAUUUUUCGUGUUCUGCGUCUUAAGGGGGAUCAUUUGUCUUGUGAUGGGGGGUCUUUUCUUACACCGGCUCUUUUUCUAUUUUAUUCCACUUUAUCAUUAUUACCGACAUCGCUUCUGUGCCAGUACCCUUUCCCUUUCCCUUUCCUACCGUAUUCUUCUCCCACCUCAUUCGUGUGGUGUAUUAAUUGUUGCCGGCAUGUCACAUUUGGCCCAUCUGAAUUCUGCAGAGAAGCGGGGGUUCCGAGAUGACAGGCAUACUGUAUAGUACAGCAUGGCACCGUACCGUAAAGUACAGUACAGUAAAGUACCGUACUACGGUAGUACUCGUACAACACAAUACAGUAUGAGUAGGUCAAAGAAAGGCCCUGGAUGCCUGCUGUGGGCCAGAUGUACCGGUAGUGCCAGCACUCGGGUGCUCGAGUGUAUUGUUGUCGAGUUAUGGUGGUAUGCAUAUUUCGGAUGAUGGAGAUGUU